AUGGCCACCAUCCGGCAGCUCUCGCCAGCCCACUGCGUGCUGCUUGCAACCCACUGUGCCGCCGACUCCCGCAUACCUGCCUUGCGCUCCCUGUCGCUAGCCCGGCCUGAUGCCUUUUCCCCGGAGACUUUGUUGCGCAUCUUGCUCACCUUCCUGCCUGAGAGCGCCGAGCCAUCCACCUACAACCUCUACGCCCAAGAAGUCGCCUCACGCUUGUACACACAGCAAAUUCCUCAGGCCGAUGUCGACACCUCGCUCGUCGGACAUCUCUCCAGUUCGCAGGCUCAGAAGCGCGUCAAUAAGCUCGACCUGCUUCCUCUAGCGCACACAUCAUGCACCGACCUCAAGCUCGAUCUCCUCACGCUGUUCCUAAUACACCGCGCAUAUCGCAUAGAUGCCGAGACCGGCCUGCUUGGGCUGGUUCCGCCUCUCGUCGACCCCUUCCUCGACCACUCGCAGCACCUUCGCGCAUGGUUCAUCUCCACCAUCCUUCCGCUCCUCCGCCUAGAUUUCGAAUACUACCCCAACGGGAGCUCCGCCACACCACUGGAGAAAUUUGCUGGCGUCCAGGGCCCAUCCGGCGUGGAUUUCUUGAUUCGGAAAGCGGAGGAAGCAAGCGUCGAUUCAGAUACAGAGGACACAAGAAUAGCUAGAGACAUCAAGGGCAUCAUCGGCCCGUGGGUGUAUGGCUUUGACCAGAGAAAGAGCCGGAAAGUGCUGAACAUUGCGCGCCGCCGCUCGUCCGUCGGGUCUUCGGUAGCGGAGCAGAUCCAUCAAGGUGAAAACGCCGCGCCGGGGGCAGCGAGGGACCAUCACGACUGGGAACACGUCUAUGCGUGGAUGGUGCGCAAAGCACCGCAACGCUUCGACCUCAUUAGCAAUGCCGUGGAAUACUGGGACGGACCAGGAGAUGUUGAUCUUGGCGGAUAUGAGGACCCGAACCACCAGGAUGGCCUGGACGAGGAAACCCAGAGUCAUCUGGAAAGGCGGUAUGCUCAGGCUGCCUUUGCGUCCGUCUAUUGCGCCGAGAGCGACAGCAAGCACACAAUUGAAGCGGCGCACAGCGUUCUCGUGCGCUUGUCUCAAAUCAUGGAUUUCGUUCCUCCUCCGGACCUUGCUUCAAGCGUCGAAAUGUUGCCCAAGAUCGAGGGCCGCACAAGCGUUCUCCACGGGACUACAACCGCAAUCCUGCAGCCUGAUACCCUUAUGAACGCCACGCAUCCAUUGACUGUCCCUACGGCGGAGACAUAUGCUCUUCUCCAAAUAUUUGUGUACUCUGCCUACAUCCUAGCCGACCUCGGGCAUCCUAUAGCUAUAAACAACCUGGCCAGGUUCCGCUUUCAUGCCGACGAAGACGACCAACACCAACUAGUCAACAAGAUUCUCAAGAGCCUCGUCAACAGGCCCAAGUCUGAUGAAGAAAUGUGGAGAGCAGCCCGAAACAAGCUGCUCUGGCUCUGGAACUGGGGCAUGGAUCCGUCAGAGGAGCACGCCGCGAAUGGCCCUGGUAUCUUUGGGAAAAUCGCAAGGUUCUCGUUGGAGGAGGUGAUAUUGACGUCGCUUCUUGCGGAUGACCAACUCCAGCUGGCCAGGGAAAUCUACUUGCCCGACGACAGAGGCCGUGAUCAUUUGCAAGACCAGGACAUCGAAGAAUGCGUUCUCAGCCAGGUCAUGCAGUACUACGACAACGCAAGCAACGGCAACGUCACUCGUGGAAGCAUGAAAAAGGCCUUGGACAUCAUGACUGCCUUUCAACCCUACUUUUCAGACUCCCCUGCAUUCCUCGCAACAGAAGCCCUGUUGGCUGCUACUCAUUCCCUAUCGUUUUAUUCUUUGACCCUUCAGCAUGGGGUCCCCUUCCGGCCAGUCAAUAUCAGAAUCAGCGAAGAUCCCAUCUCUCUGAUUUCGAAGGUUCUAGAACAGAAUCCGAGGAGUUACUCCAAGCUUGACGAUUUGGUUACCAUUGGCCAGAACCUAGUUGCCGGACGAACGCUAGAGAGAGACGGUCCUCUGAUUGAGGAAUCAGAGUUCGAUACAGAAGAGCGCAAGAGGGCUGCUUCGCACCGUGUCAUGGGCAUGGCGAUCGAGGCUGCGCUAGCCGAAGACGACUUCGAAACCGCUUAUUCCUUUGUUGUCAACCGCCUUAACCCCUCAUUCGAUCCGACCGCAUCAAAGGACCCCUCAAACACCACUCAUCAGGUAGAUGACAUAUCCUGGAGAGCUGCGUAUCUGGCCGGACGUCAUCGUAGCCCCAACAGCUCUCUAGCUUCGUCACAGGCCACGGUGGCUGGCUCACCCGCUCUCCGUCGCUUGGAGCAGCGUAUGGAGCUGCUCUCCCAAGCAUUGCUCCUCGCUCCGCCCUCGGCAGUACCUGAAGUACUGACAGCAUGGCGCCGCUGCGAAGAGGAGAUGUCGGCGCUCUUGGCACAAGAGACUGAGGAAGAAGAGCGUUUCAACGAUCACGCCGACCGCCGGGCGCCGGGCGCCUUCCCUACGCAGGCGACAUACAUCCAGCCUCGCAGAGAAGUCGGACGGAACGCAACAGAAGAGGCACCGAUGGGUCUCUUCGACGUGGCACGAGGAGCUGCGUCGGCGUUCAGCAAAUCGGCAUUUCCGUUGCGUGCCGCGACCAACCAUGGCGGCGGCCAGGAGAGCGGCCGGUCCUCUCUCGACGCGUCGCGGAAUCUGUCCGUCGCGGAUAGCGAUCCGGGUAGUGGUGAGGAGAGUGGCAGGGUGAGGAAGAGGGAUAUGGUGACUAACGCGGUGACGGGAGGGCUGGCCUCCGGACUCGGCUGGGUGUUGGGUGCUACGCCAGUCUCAGGGAACCAGCAAGGGAACAAGUGA